AUGAUGAGCCCCAAGAUCAACACGGCAACGUUGUUUCUCACCGACAAUGCUCUCAUGUGGUGGCGUCGUCGAUCUAUGGAGAUCGAACAAGGUACGUUUACACUUGAGACUUGGGAUGAAUUUAAAAAGGAUAUUAUGUUGCAUUUCUAUCCAGAGAAUGCCAAGUAUGAGGCAAAGGAGAAGCUGAGAUGGCUGAAGCAAACUGGGAACGUGAAGGACUAUGUCGCCAUGUUCACCAACCUGUUGUUCGAGGUGCCUAGCAUGAUGGAUGAAGACAAGCUCAUGUACUUCAUGAGUGGCCUACAGAAUUGGGCCAAGCUGGAGUUACAAAGGAGACAUGUCCAAACCUUGUCAGAGGCGAUUGCUGCAGCUGAGUCUCUUGUUGAGUUCAAGAAGAAGGAUCAAGGCGACUCCAAGUUCAAAGGAAAGAAAGAUAGCAGUGGAUCCGGUGGGGGAGACAACAAGCCAAAAGAGGGUAGCAAGUCUGGAGACAAGUCUGACGGUCACAAGUCAUUCGGGAGGAAGAAUGACAAAGGUGACAAGGGGAAAGACAAGUCAAAGCUAGCUUGCUACUUGUGCGAUGGAGCGCACAUGAUGCGGGAUUGUCCGCAAAAGAAAGCCUUGAAUGCUAUGAACCAAGAGAAGGAAGAGGAGGCCGAAAGGGAAGCAGGAAUGGGGGCCAUUCACCGCUUCAAUGCCCUACAGGCCAAAGGAGCUCAACCACAGGUUCAAGCCAAAGGUGUGAUGUUCGUCGAUGCCAUGGUGAAUGGUAAGACAACCCGUUGCCUGGUGGAUACAGGUGCCUCGCACAACUUUAUGUCCGUGCAGGAAGCAAAGAGACUUGGGUGUCGAGUCUCGAAAGAAGCAGGCAGUAUGAAGACGGUGAAUUCAACUGCCAAACCGAUUGAUGGAGUAGCUCGUGGUGUGGAGCUACACAUUGCCACUUGGAAGGGAGUAGCUGACUUCUCCGUGAUCUCAAUGGAUGACUACGAUGUCGUGCUUGGAAUGGAGUUCAUGGACAAGGGUGGAGCAAUGCCAUGCAUGGUGCCAGUGGUGAGGCAACAAGGCGAGACGAAGCUCUUGUCAGCCAUGCAAUUUUCCAAGUCUUGGAAGAAGGGCGAACCGACGUUCCUUGCAACUAUGAAGAUGGAUAUAGUUCAGAAGGAAGUCCAACCCGUCCCGAAAGCUGUGGAGGCAAUCCCUAAGGCGUUUGCAGAUGUCAUGCCCAAGGAGUUGCCCAAAACCUUACCACCUAGGAGGAAGGUGGAUCAUGCCUUCGAUGAGUUGAAGAGGGCACCGAUGGAGGAAUCAAUCCUGAGACUUCCUGAUCUUAGCAAACCAUUUGAGGUACACACUGAUGCAUCAGAUUCUGCUAUUGGUGGUGUACUCAUGCAGGAUGGACACCCAUUGGCUUUCAAGAGUCGGAAGCUCAAUGACAUGGAGCAGAGGAUACGAGAGGGCUUGUUGCAUGAUCCCCAAAGUCUGUUGGAGAUUGUCAAAGAUGGGAAGACAAGAAGAUUUUGGCACGAUGAUGGUGUUCUUUAUGCAACAAGGAAGAUGAUCUAUGUUCCAAGGUGGGACAAUCUGAGGCACUAUGUGAGUGCCAACCAGCGAGAUUGGGCAAAGUUGUUGGAUGUUGCUCAGUUCUCAUACAACUUGCAGCGGUCGGAGUCAACAAGGUCAAGUCCUUUCGAGUUGGCAACAGGACAACAACCUAUGACACCGAACACAGUGGUGUCAGGCUACACGGGGAGUAGCCCAGCUGCAUACAAGACAGCCAAGGAGUGGCAGGUGACUAAUGAGCUGGCUCGGGCUCAAUUGGAGAAGGCAACUCGGAAGAUGAAGAAAUGGGCGGACAAGCAUAGGCGAGAUGUUGUGUUCCAACCAGGUGAUAUGGUCUUUGUGAAGCUCAACCCCUCUCAACACAAGUCCACUAGAAAGUUACACAAGGCGUUGUUGAGGAGAUAUGAGGGCCCAUUUCCUAUCAUCCGAUCAGUGGGAAGAGCUGCUUACCGUGUGGAACUACCACCCCGAUUGAAGAUUCAUCCGGUGUUCCACGUGAGCAAUCUCAAGCCCUACCAUGCCGACCCCGAGGAGCCAAGUCGUGGAGAGUCUCAACGAGCUCCACCUUUGAUGGUGACUUCAUUUGACAAGGAGGUUGAGUGCAUCAUGGCCAAGCGAGAGGUGCGACGCAAGGGUGUACCGAGGUACUUUGAGUACUUUGUCAAAUGGAAGGGCCUGCCAGAUUCCGAAGGCAACUGGGAGAAAGAAGAGUCUUUGUGGAAGUACAAAGACAUCAUCGAAGCAUUCGAACGAGAAGGAUCUAUCGCGGCGACGAGGACGUCUCCGGAUUAG